GGCAGCGGCAGCAGCAGCAGCAGCGGGCGGCUGGGGCGGCAGCGGCGGGGCCCGGCGCGGCCCGGGGCAGCGGCCGCCGCCAUGAAGAAGCAGUUCAACCGCAUGAAGCAGCUCGCCAACCAGACUGUGGGCAGGGCUGAGAGAACAGAGGUGCUCAGUGAAGACCUGUUGCAGAUCGAGAGGCGUCUGGACACCGUGAGGUCCGUGUGCCACCUGGCCCAGAAGAGGCUGAUUGCCUGUCUGCAGGGCCAGCAUGGCACAGACCCUGACAAGAGACAUAAAAAACUGCCUCUAACAGCUCUGGCUCAAAAUAUGCAAGAAGGAUCCGUCCAGCUGAGUGAUGAAACUCUGCUGGGGAAAAUGCUGGAUACCUGUGGGGAUGCAGAGAAUAAACUGGCAAUGGAGCUCUCCCAGCAUGAAGUACAGAUUGAAAGAGAAGUUAUAGAUCCACUGUGCCUGCUGACAGAGACAGAGAUCCCAAACAUUCAGAAGCAGAGGAAGCAGCUUGCAAAGCUGGUGCUGGACUGGGAUUCUGCAAGGGGAAGAUACAACCAAGCCCACAAGACUUCAGGAACAAAUUUCCAAGUGCAUCCUUCAAAAAUAGAAUCUCUUAAGGAAGAGAUGGAUGAAGCUGGAAAUAAAGUAGAGCAGUGCAAGGAUCAGCUGGCUGCGGACAUGUACAGCUUCGUGUCCAAGGAAGGGGAAUACGCCCGCUGCUUUGUUAUGUUAUUAGAAGCACAAGCAGAUUACCAUAGAAAAGCAUUAGCAGUCAUAGAAAAGGUCCUACCCGAAAUUCAAGCCCAUCAAGACAAAUGGACUGAAAAACCAGCUUUUGGAACUCCCCUGGAAGAGCAUCUCAAGCGCAGUGGGCGGGAAAUCGCCGUUCCUAUCGAAGCCUGUGUCAUGAUGCUCCUGGAAACAGGGAUGAGAGAGGAGGGCUUGUUCAGAAUUGCUGCUGGAGCCUCCAAGUUAAAAAAGCUGAAAGCUGCCCUGGACUGUUCCACUUCCCAGCUUGAUGAGUUUUACUCAGAUCCCCACGCUGUUGCAGGUGCCUUGAAAUCCUAUUUGCGGGAGCUGCCAGAGCCUCUCAUGACCUACAGCCUGUAUGAGGAGUGGACACAAGCUGCAAAUAUUCAGGACCAGGAUAAGAAGCUCCAAGAGUUAUGGAGGAUUUGUAACAGAUUACCUGAGCAUUACCGUGUUAACUUCAGGUAUUUAAUCAAAUUUUUAGCCAAGCUUGCCCAGAACAGCGACGUUAACAAAAUGACACCGAGCAACAUCGCCAUAGUCUUGGGCCCCAACUUGUUGUGGGCAAAGAAUGAAGGAUCCCUUGCUGAAAUGGCAGCAGCCACUUCAGUGCAUGUGGUAGCAGUUAUUGAGCCCAUUAUUCAGCACGCAGACUGGUUCUUCCCUGGAGAUGAAGAUUUCAAUGUGUCUGGGGCAUUUGUGGCAGUUCCUACUGUUAAUUCCAAUCACUUGUCACACACUGGGAAUGACUAUGAAUGUGGGACCCUGGAGAGGAAGAGGCCUUUGAGCAUGACUGUGAUGGAAGGGGAUUUGCUGAAGAAGGAAAGCCUGAGGAUGGCUCAAAGCUUUGGUGUGAAGGUUCUGGACUUCCCCGCGACCCCGCGGCGAUGUGGCACUGUAAACAGAAAGCUCACAUCGCCGGCCUUCCAGCCCCCGCUGCCGCCCUGCGAGCCCGGCGCGGCCGCGGUGGCAGCCGAGCAGCACUGCCAGCCUGCCGGGGCUGAGCCUGGCCCUGGGGCUGGCCCUGCUCCCUCUGCUGCCUCAGCAGAACAGCCCCAAGCUCCAGGCACUGAGGAUGCCAGUACCUCGAAAUCCAAGGACAGCACAUCUUCAGCCACUCCUCCACCGGUGAGGAACGGUGGCCAGGCGGGCCCUGCCCCUGGCCAGGCAGCACCCAGCACCUCCCAGCUCUCUGUCACCCAGCCCCAGAACGCUGCUGGUCCCAGUCCCCACGCCCUGAGGAGAGCUAUGAAGAAGCCAGCGCCAGCCCCACCAAAACCAGCCAACCCCCCACCGGGGCAGCCAGGAAGCCAAAGCUCUUCCCCAGCUGCUCAGCCACCUUCUGUCUCUCCAAAACCACCUGCCAGAAGCUCUUCUCCUCCUGCUCAACAUGCAAACCAAGGAGCAGCCCAGACCUCCUCUUCCCAGGUUUCUGCACCUCGGAGAUAUUCCAGCAGCCUCUCCCCAAUCCAAGCUCCCAGCCACCCACCUCCGCAGCCCCCAACACAGGCAACUCCUCCCCUGCAGCCCAAAGCAAGCAGCCAAGCAUCUCCCAGUGAGCACGGACCAGAGCAGCCCUGCUCCUCGCUCCCGCAGACUCCGACUCCGCCCGACACGCCCCCGCUGGGGAAGCACCCCCAUGCUGCCCCCCCUGAGCCCUGCCAGGCUCCCUGUUUACCUCAGAGUGGCACCUUGCCCCGGCCACGGCCCGUGCCCAAGCCCAGGAACAGACCCAGUGUCCCCCCUCCGCCUCACCCUCCCUCUCAGCUGCCUGGAGAUGGGGUGGCUGCAAAUCCCACGCAAACAGCGUCCAAAAUAGUCACAGACUCUAAUUCCAGUAUUCCAGAACCACUUCCAAACCCUCCUUCAGAGCUUCCCGCAGAGCCAGCGGGCAGAGAGCUGCACAACCACCUCCUGCUGGACAUUGACAAUGACACGGAGAGCACCGCGCUGUGACCGGAGCACUCCGGCUUCCCCAGGCUCCUCUCCUGGAGGAAAACCCUCAGACCUAACAGGGAAAAGCUUCUUCUGGCAACGUGGCACAGCUGUACGGAGUUGGGACUGGUGCAUCCUGGGGACAGUGAUCUCCAGGAUCGUUGAGAUUGGAGAAGACUUCCUCAGAAAAUGGAGCCCAACCUUUGGCCAAGCUCCGGUCUCGCCCUCAGAAGAAGUUUAAUGAUCUGGGUCUGGACAACGGUUUUCAUACUCUUGGAUGGAAGGAAUGAAUUCCUGCAGGAACUUGCUUAGGAAGCGUGGUCAGUGCUGAUACAGGUGGUAUUAGCAGAAAUUCCGAAAGAAUAAGAAGCAGAACAUUAGUUAUUUAAAGUGCAUGUCUGUAUUGCGGAAAUAAUCCUUGUCAUGGCACGGUUAGAGUUUAUUUGUAGUUCUUAGCCCGUACCAGGAGCUGCCUCCCAAGGGACAUUCCCUCUCGGAUUUGCUGCAGAUUCCCCUCAAGCCAUGAACCAAACCCCUGCCCCAGUGCUGGUGGUGACUGCUGGUUCUCAGUCACCCUGUGGAACUGUGGAUGCAUCCAGUGCCUUGAAGGACUGUCAUGCUGUAGGAGGAACUUCCUGUCUCUUUAAUCAUUUCAUUGCUAUGUAGGAUCAGUACUUACCCUGAUUUCAUAGUUAUUUGUAUUAACCUGCUUUGUUCAUGUGCAACUGGCAACUGUUUCACAAGGAAACCGUGGAAAUGGGGUUUGUGCUUUUGUUGAAAACGGUUGAAUUUUGAAAGAACUUUGAAACAGCUGUUUGGAGUCAGCAGUUGAGUGAACAUUUAUAAAAUUAAAGAUUGGUUUUUUGUCAACUUAA